AUGCGUGCACUGAGGCUGCUGGGGCUGCUGCGGCCUGCGCCGGGGCCGUGGAGGCCCGGGCUGCCGCUGCGGGGCGCCGGGGCCGCGGCCUGCGCCGGCCGCUCGUGGCCGUUACCGUCGCAGCGAGCCAUGAGCCAGUACUGCAAGGAGGUGCGGGGCCACCCGCGCUCCGCCCAAUACCGCGUCUACUUCAAGAAUGUAGCUGGUCACUACAUCUCCCCUUUUCAUGACAUUCCUCUGAAGGCUAAAUCUAAAGAGGCAGUGUUUAAUAUGGUCGUAGAAGUACCUCGUUGGACAAAUGCCAAAAUGGAGAUUGCCACCAAGGAGCCAUUGAAUCCCAUUAAACAAGAUAUAAAGAAAGGCAAGCUACGUUAUGUGGCAAAUAUCUUUCCUCACAAGGGUUAUAUAUGGAAUUAUGGUGCCCUCCCUCAGACUUGGGAAGAUCCUCGUCAUAAAGACAGUACCACCAACUGCUGCGGUGAUAAUGAUCCCAUUGAUGUUUGUGAAAUAGGCUCAAAGGUUCGUGCUUGUGGCGACAUAAUCCAGGUGAAGAUUCUUGGAGUUUUGGCCCUUAUCGAUGAAAAUGAGACAGAUUGGAAGUUAAUUGCUAUUAGUGUGGAUGAUCCAGAAGCCUCCAAGUUCCAUAAUAUCGAUGAUGUGCGGAAGCAAAAACCAAAUUACCUUGAGGCAACACUUGACUGGUUCCGAUUAUACAAAGUGCCUGAUGGAAAACCAGAAAAUAAAUUUGCUUUUAAUGGAGAGUUUAAAGACAAGGAUUUUGCUCUUGAAGUUAUUGAAUCUACCCACAAAUGCUGGAAAGCUUUGCUUCAUAAAAAGGCUGAUGGAGGAGAUAUAAAUUGUGUUAAUGUGCAGGUACACGACAGCCCUUUCUGCUGCAGUAAAGAAGAGGCCAGAUGCAUAGUGCAGUCGGCAUCGACUGCAACAAAUGAAGAUUUAAAUUCCAAAGAAGAUGAAGAUACCCACACAUGGCAUUUCAUUAAGAAGUGAUGGAAGUAUCCAAUCAACCUUCAUCCGCAAGGGCCACAACAGACAAGUUCAGGCAACAGUUGCUGCCUCCCUCAUGAAGCUUCACUUUUUCACGUCUUGAGAUAGGCAGUAUACAAAUAAACACUGGACUUCCAAAUUGUUCUCUCUUUUCAUAUUUACUCAAAAUACAAACUUUUUGUUGUUAUUUUGAUUCUAUGGGGAAAGCUUGGAAACAACAUGUUUUGAACCAUUAGCUAUUCCUGUGCAUAAAAGGAAACCCAUGGAUAUCAUGGCUCUGUUUCUUUGCAUGAAUGUAGAAUACUAUAUUUAACGUGUUAACUAGGUGCUGGUAAAGACUAUUGUUCUCUUUUCAGAGUGGAUUAAAAUGUCAAUCCCAAAACAGGUGAAGGCCUCAUUUAGCCUGCAUCUGUCCUCUGUCUCACACUAAAUUCUGACAGUAUCUGAGGACCUCUGGGUGCAAGUUUAUACUAAUAAUACUUUACACUUAUGUCACAUACACAUACAGAACACAGAGUGCUUUAUACUCAUCAUCUCAUGUGAUUCUCACAAGAAGAUUAUAUAGGGCAGACAUUACCACCAUUUUAAAGAUGAGGAAACUGGCUCACUUGAAAUGAUUUGCCCAAGGUCACACAGCUAGUGAAUAAGUAGAUCAAGGUCCAGGUUCCAGGUUUUCAGACUCUUAGUCCAUUUCUCUUUCUACUACAAUUAAAGAAAAAUUGAGUAGUCCUCUAGACUAUCAGAUAAGGCCACAUCUAACCUAUUCAGUUCAAUAAACGUCUAUUAAACUCCAGCUAUGUGUUAAAAAAUAGGGGAGAUGUAAAGUUUAUAGAAGAGGGUAGAACUCCUGCCCUCAUGGAGCUUGCAACCUAGGAGAAUAAUGUAGUGUAGUAGUAGAAAGAGCUCUGACCUUGAAGUCAACAAAUCAGUGCUCAAGGUUCCAGCUCUGACAGAUUCAUGAACCUGGAUCGAUCUCCUUACCUCUCUGAGCCUCAGUUUUCUUACCCAUAAGAUGGGACUAAAUCUGCUUUCAUUAGUUACUCAUAGGGUUGCUGAAAAGAAAGUGUUUUAGGAUCAUUCAGACUCUCUCUAAAUGUUAGGUUGUUAUUACUGUGGGGUGUGGGUGUGAUGCAAAACACAAAUAACUAUAAAAUAAUACAUCAUAAAUUCAUCAGAAAGAUAUAAGCAUAUUGUUACAUAACAUUUUCGAAAAGACUAGCCAUGACUGAUCGCCGAGAUCAACGAACACUUCUUGAGGUAACUAUAGUUGACUUGGCGUUUAAGGGAUAGUUAGAGACUGAACAAGGUGUAUGCUGUAUGCUGUGGGGUGGCAGUCUAGGCACAGGGAAGAGCUUAGCCCAAAUAGAGAGGUGAGAAAGUGUUGAGCCUGACUAGAGGAAACUGAAUUCAGUCUGGUUGGAACACUGGCAGGGAUAUGUAUGGAAAGACGUGGUAGCACCAAAUCGUGCACCAAAUUUGAUUGCCAGUGGUACGAGGUAGAAUGUUCCUUAGUGAGCCAUAGGAACCCAUCGAAACAUUUUGAGCAGAGGAAUAACUGGGCAAGAGCUUUACAUUGGGAAGAUAAUGCUGACAAAGAUGUGAAGAAUAGUUUGGAGGGAGGAAAGAGUAGAGGAAGAAUGACCUGGUAGGAAUCUAGUGUGAGAGUUAGACCAUCACUGAAAUGUAAUAACCGUGUUUUUUUGUUUUUUUUUUUUUAAAGAUUUUUGGAAACAAAAAUUGAGCAAUUUUCUAUACAAUCUAUGCAGCAUCCCUCCUUACUAAGACAUAAUAUGUUAUGUAACCUAAUUUCUAGUGGUUUAACUUAACCUUAAUUUUCCUUACCUGAUUAUUAGCAGACAUGAAAAAUAUUUGGAGAGUAUGCCUUGAAAAUUCUUCAUACACCUGAAUGUCAUUAUUAAGUCUCUUCUCAGUUUCCUCUUCUCGGGCCAUAGAGUUCCUAUUCCUCAAAGGUAUUUUCUAAACACUUGAGUAUUGUCAGGAUUCUACUCUUUGAGACUUUUCUCUAGAUCCUUUCCAAAUUCCUGAUAUUAACACUCUUUAGCUCUAAAGCCCCAGCGUGAAUGCGUCAAGCAUCUUACUAAUGUCAAAUGUAAAUCGAUUAUUACUUUAUUCUCCAGACUCCCAUUUAUGCAUUUUAGGAAAGUUCCUUCCCAUGUGCUGUUUGUAUUUUUAAAAUUUGCAUUUUUGUAAUUUCAGCUUUGUCCAAUGUUUGUAUUGUUCAAAAUAAUUAUUAUCAUUUGAGUUAUUCAUAUAGAUACCCCAAGUGUACAGAUGAUAAUUUGAGAGCAAUAUUACCUUUAUUGUUAGCCUUAUAUGUCAUGUGACUCUAGUAGCAACUUAUGAAUUAAUGAUCCCAAAGAGUAUCUAAUUUGUUUCCAAGGAUGUGGAUCACAUACUGGACUUAGGGUUAGGAAGAGCUGGGUUCAUAUUCUGUCCCUGUUCCUUCCCAGCUAUCCUUAAACUUUUUGAACUUUAAUUUCCUCAUCUGUAAAAUGGGUUUUAUAAUGUUUGUGGUUCCUAUCUCACAGACUUGUUAUGAGGACCAAAUGAGAUAAUGUUUGUAUGAAGUGCUUUGUAAGCAUCUCGUCUCAUUUGCUUGUUUGUUUUCAUAGUGUGAUAGCGAUGUGAGAAACUCUGAGAGCAGAAUAUGCCCAGACAGAACUCAAAGGGUAGAAUUUACCUUUUGAUAUCUCUAAAUAGCCUCUUAUGCAAAUGCUGGUACAGGCAUUGAUAUCAGCAGUCUUCAUGUUUCAGGUCUAAGAUGGAAGAGUAUGUUGUAGCAUUCCUUAUGACGAUUCUCCAUGAGUAAUUUUAAUAUAAAAGUGAAAGUAAUCCAUUCUGGGUUCCACAUCAUAGAUGUGACAAUAAACACUUGGAAUUUAAGAUCUGAAUGUUUUCAAAGCAGUAGUGGUGAUAUAUUCAGGAUAACAGAUGGAUAUAUAUUAUUUCAAGUAAAUGGUUGAACUGAUGAAAGUUAACAAAGAGAGUUCUAAUACAUUCUAGGAUACUUAACAUUCUCUAUUCUCCAAAUACAGAAAUUAGAAACAGUUAUUUUCCAUUCAUCUUUGUCUUCCAUCCCAUACUUCCACCCAUGUUAAUUUCCCCAUUUUUUCCUUUAACUAUUUUGAGCCAUUUGUAACUAACUUUAUUUUGACAUAGAGAGUUUUGUCCUAAAGCAAAUGCUUAAAACUUCUUUGCCAAAAGCAUUAAUAAACUGUAAUCUUAUUUCUACCAUGACCACACCCACCCAGAGGAGACAAAAGCACUUCAAGAUACAUUGGACUUAGAUGAUUAGUGUCUGUUUUGCCUCCAGAAUAUACUUGUCUACUUAAAAAAAAAAAAUCCAAAAAACGAAUCAUUCACAAACAUACAGAAAUGACCAUUGCCUUAGGUUAUGUUUGCCUGAAUCAAGUGGAAAGCCUUUCCUUCUUUUUUGGAAUUUUAAAGAUAUAUUUCAUGACACAACACAGGGGGUCAUUUUUAAGUCAAGGCAGGACCUUUCAGGAGCAUGAAUAUCUUUUACUUCACUAGCUGUCUCUGUGCAGUGUGCAUUUUGUCAUAUAAUGGUUUUUGGUGAUAUGGGUAAAUUGUUGAGAUUUUGUCAGAUGUAGUCAGAAAAAUAAAGACAUCGUUCACUUGUAACUGCCAUAAAUUUAUUCCCAGCAGGCAGCUUUUUCAAGUAUUGUUUCUAAUCAAGAUAAUAGGAUUCACUUGGGAGUUGUUUAUAAUUAAUAGAUGCCACAUAGAGAGUCUUAGAAAUAUUUAAUUCUUCCUGAUGAUUGGAGACAUAAAAGCAGGAAAUGUUAUAAAUGGGUUAAUAUUUAGAAAUAAGAUAUUAUUCGUGAUUGAUUUGUACUAAUGAAACCUUGUGGAUUGCGGACAAUGAAAAUGAUUAUCGCUCUGAAAUGCCCAGUAGCAAAUGUUAGUGAUUUGUCAGUGGUAUGGGCAUAUGGAACAUAAACCCUUUCUUUCCAUUAAAGACACUGUCUUUGUACCAGCA